UUCCUAAUGUUUCCCCGGGGAUCUGGCUCACAGGAAUCAUUUUCACCACGCAGGAAUCAAUCAAACAUACCAAACUUAGACUCUUCGUCUAACAUCGGAAGUCCCUCUUCACUGAUUGACUCGGUGGAAACUAGAGGCUUUUCGCAAGACGUACUUCCUGGCUCAGGUUCCGAGUGGCCCGUACAGAGUGUUCCUUCUGCUGCGCAAGACCCUUCACAAUCCGCAACAGUAUAUGCACAUCCAGUCCCUAUACAUCAAUCAGCGACAGGUGUUUUAAACGCGAGCCAGCCUCAGUCCCUGCUGAGUCCAGAUUAUCCGGUUGGCGAGCCAAUCGGCCAACCCUCCACUGAGUACACAAAUUCCAUCAAACAGAAGGCUACCUCAGAAGAUCCACGCGGCCUUGGCGUCUCAUUGUACCCGAUGUCAGUGGCAUCAGAAGUAUAUUUUGCUGGCCCCAUGCAGCACAAUCCUCAUAAUUAUGCGUGGGCAAACCGGCCUUAUCAGCCUUUGCAACCACCAUCGGGCCACAUGAGCCCACCAUUUGUACCUUCACAUCAACCAUACUCAUCACCAGGUUAUUCAAUGGGCUACCCCGGGCAGACAAGCGAAUCUCUGUCCGUAUAUCAGCAGCAAGAACCGCAAAUACCAUCCUCCUAUCUUACAGAAUCGGGAAAUCUUGCCCGCCACAGCCAACCCCGAAGUCCAUCUUUCACUCGACCCUUUCAACCUCCAAAUAUCCAGAUUCCCACCCCAUUACCCGUGCAGCCACUCAUGACUUCGUUUGUCGCAUCAUCCCGUAUUUCAGUGCCUGGAAGGCCCAAUGACCCCAAAGCUGACCAGCUGCACAGUCCCCCUCCAUAUAUGAUGAACCAUUCCGGUUAUCAGUUUCCCGAUUCACCAGCAAUUCAAUCGCAUCCCACACCCAACAGCUCUCAGCCACCGUCGAUGAUCGCCCCUGAACCAAUAUACUCCUCGCCAGAAACUUCUGCCACUACAGAUACAGAGCACCCGGUCCGAGUUCUCAAUUCCCGUCCGCGGCCACAAUGUUGGGAACACGGCUGCAAUGGUCGUGAGUUCUCGACAUUCAGCAAUCUUCUUCGGCACCAGCGCGAGAAGUCAGGAGUGGUUGCAAAAGCCGAAUGCCCUGUUUGCGGGGCCGUGUUUACACGCACGACAGCUCGCAACAUUCAUGUUGCGCAAGGCAAGUGCAAAGGUGCAGGCAGAGAAUCAUCUGUUGAAUAG